GCUGUUGUUGCUGCGCCGGGAAGCAAACUGAUUAAACGGAUCAAUCAUUCAUUCCCUCUCCUGUCGGGUACUUUAAAGCAGCAAUAUGACAUCUGUGAGCUCCGGCAGUGACUCAACAGCUAAGGGAGAGCUAAGGCGAGUGGAAGAGGUCGCUGAGAGGGAAAGGGAAAAUGCUGAUGUCAUCACAGGAUGUGCAAUUGAGCAAAUCUUUAUCUAGUUACCCUGGUGAGAGCCACCCGUCCACAAGUCACAGCUCUAAAGAAAAUCUACUGAGUAAGGGAAGUGGACAAAGCAGGGAUCCUAAUCCAAGAUCUUCUUACAGGAGCAACCUGGAUGCAGAGAAACUUCAAAAGGAGAACAUUAAGCUUAAACGAGAGCUCCAGGAUUUAAAGGGCCAGUAUCAGCAGUUGCUUGAGGAGGGAAAGGAAGAGAAGUUUGAGGAAAGACGUGUAAACCUUCUGAAGGCUCAGGUGAUGCAGCUGGAGAGACAGGUCAUCCUACUGGCAGAAGGAUUAAGUUCUCAGGCGUGUCGCGGUCUUGAGGUGGAGAAUGCCCUUGAAUCUCUCACAGACAGACUGAGAUCUCUGCUAAGCCUUGAGAAUUAUUCAUCAGAAGUCUUCAUUGCACGGGCAGAGCUUAUUCAAUUGAUUGAAAAAUGUCAAAAUAUCCAACAAAAACUGCACAAAAACAACAAGGUGGCCAACGUGGAGAAUCUCGCAAUGCCCUGGUUGUUGUCUGGAAGAAAUCUGACCAAAGAGCCAGUGACGCUGUUGGAUCUUUGCUAUGGGAAGACAAAUAACUUGAACAUUCAGCAAGUGAGCAUCUUGGAAUCAAAGCUUAGCCAGCUGUUCAAACACCUGCAUGGAAUGAGGCACACACUGGGCUUUAUUCUUGCCCCAGGACCAGACUGCAGUGAACAAGCCAGGCAGCUCCUCCCACCAGCCAUGUAUGCCAGGCUGUUAAACCAUGUGAACCGUUGCAGCCAGCCUCUUGAGGACUGCUGCUUGGACCUGCUGACCUUAUCUCUAAUAGUGCCUUCCGCACCAUGGGCGAGAAGGGAGCAGCGGGUGAGCCAGGGGCUGACUGCGGAGAACGUGCUUUCAGUGCUGCCGGCCUUCCCAAAAGGAGCCCCUCAGCAGCGGGCACGUCGAGCCGCAGAGGCCCUGGUGAAGGCUGCAAAUUACUCCCGACUGAUGGCUGUGCAGCAGGUGGAAGCAUUGCAGGCAGAGCUGGAGUUUCAUAGGAGCUUAUACAACCUUCAAGUCAAAUACACUGAAUCUUUGAUCCAGGGGAUUAGACAGGCCUACAGAGCUUUUCAGGACAAUGUUGCUGAGAGUUUGUGUGCUCCUUUGCAAGAUGUACUUUCGUGUUAUACUGUUUUGAAAAGCACCGCUUCAGAGGCAGCUCUGCGAGACUUUCUCACAGCCUUUAAAACCAACUCUGAGCAGAUCCAAGAAGCAGUGGAAGCACUGAAGCCUUCAAAGAAUGAAGGAGACGAGGCCCUCUCUAGGUAUGGGAAAGAGUUCUUCCAUUCUGUGGAACAGCUGCUUAAGGACUGUGGAGAGCAAAGAGACAGAGCGUCCAGUGAACUAAGCAUAUUGAAGACAGAAUAUACACAAGCUUUAGAGAGCCUGCAAUCCUUCAAGAAGGAGCGCAAAGAGAAGAAUGCGGGCCCCAGCCAAAACACCGAAACAGCUGAAGCUAUGAGUUCGGAAUGGCUGGAAAGGGGCAGCCAGAGCAAGAAUAAAGAAGAUGAAGAACGUGCAGCACCUGCUCUGAAGCCACCUUCUGUUGCUCUAGAGCAACCAAAACUGAACACACUCAAAAAGGCCUCACCCGUUGACUUGGCAACUCCUGAGUGUGGCGACUCUCAGCAGUCCCAGCCGCUUCAGAGGCCAUUCAAUCACAAAAGAGGAAAAAGCCCACACAGGAGCAAGAGCAUGAAGGCGCAGUCCAGGUCAUCUUUGCAGAAGAAGGAGGAGGCUAAAUAGAACUUCAGCAUCUGAAGCUUAGCUUUGCCUUGUCCUCAAAACAUAUCAGUGAGAAGUAGAGCACAAAAUAAGGCUGAGAACGACCUAGGUUAAUAGCUUGCGGAAAAAGCUCUCCAAGUGCUGAAUGUACUACCGCUUCCUAAGGAAAUGAAAAGCACUUAGGAGCCUUGUUUUCUGGUGUCAUGCAAAGUACACGUCUGUUUUUAUCAGCUUUCACUGCUCCACUGGUGCGUGCAUGGAUUUCCAGGAUGGGUGGAAGAAACAGCACCUGUCUAUAUGUUUUAAACCUUUUUUAUGAAUAUUGGCUUCACUUUUUUCCAGAGCUAAAUAAAAAAACUGCAAGUGCCUAGUUUUGGAGGUCGUGUGGAGCUUUUAGUAUGAUGUUAAAGACUGAAAGACUGCAUUAAUGUUUUAAAGGUUCAAUGUGUGUGUUCUAUGAGUUAAUUACUUACAUGAUAUCCCUAAGGGUAUGGAUUUUCCUGGAAAUUUUUAUAUGAAAAAUAAAUGUAUCUCUUUUUUGAUAA